AUGGGCGGGUGCGGGCCUCGCAGCAUCGUUCCCGCUGCGCUGGCUGUUGUUGGCGCGGCAGCCCUUGUGGUGCUCGCGAAGAAAGCCAAGAAGGGCGGCGACGGCAGCGAGGGGCAGGUCUUCGUCAUCCGCGGAGACUCAGGCCUGGAGGUGCACGUGACCCCCACGGGCGCCGCGGUCACCAAGGUCGUUGUGCCCACGCCGGACGGCCCUCUCGACGUCUGCCUCGGGCUGCCCUCCGCGAGUGACUACUCGUCGAGGAACGAGCCCUACUUCGGAGUCGUCAUCGGCCGCGUGGCCAACAGGAUCCGCGACGCGUCGUUCGAGCUCAACGGCAUGAACUACCUCCUCGAGGCGAACCAGCCGCCGAACUCGCUGCACGGCGGCGGCGCUGGCGCGUGGCACGACAAGCCCUGGACGGUCAGCAAGGUGACCGACGCCUCGAUCGUCCUCACGCGCACGUCCCCGGACGGCGAGGGCGGCUACCCGGGCGAGGUCAAGGCCACCGUCACGUACGAGGUCAUGCCCGACAAUCGCCUGCGCACCAUGCUCGAGGCCACCUGCGACACGGAAACCCCUGUCAACAUGGCGCACCACGCGUACUGGAACCUCGCGGGGCACUCUGCGGGUCCGGAGGCGCUGCUGGACCACGAGAUGCGGAUCCUCGCGGACACGUUCACGCCCACGGACCCCAAGACGCUGCUGCCGACGGGGGCUGUGCUGGCCGUGGCGGGCAAGCCGGUCGACUUCACGCGCAAGAAGGCCAUCGGCGACGACAUCCGCAGGACCGAGAAGGGCUUCGACCACACAUUCGUGCUCCGCGGGGCCAUCCGGCGAGCGGGCUCCGCGGGGAUGGUCGGCCACGACGGCCCGCUGCGCAAGGCGGCGGAGCUGCGGUACCGGGAGCGCGGGGUCGACGUGUACACCACCGCGCCGGCGAUGCAGGUGUACUCGGGCAACUUCAUCGGGGGCACCAAGGGCAAGGACGGCGUCACGUACAAGGACUGGGGGGGUGUCGCGCUGGAGACCAUGGGGUACCCUGACGCCGUGCACUUUUCCUCCUUCCCCUCCAUCGUCAUCGGACCAGGAAAGCCGCACCGCCAGGUGAUCGUGCACCACUUCUUGUGA